GGAUUCGCCACUUUGGUUGCGUUUCCAUACUCGGGUACUCGAGACGAGCAGAGGAUCACGUCUCACUACACUUCCGCCGCGGGGGUGGUGUCUGAACGUGGGACGAAAAGAAGAGCGGGAGUGGGUCGUGACAGCUAUCGACCGGCGACCUGAUGACGACUCGAAUCGCUCCAGGCGUCGGAGCGAACCUUCUCGGCCAGCACUCCGCCGAGAGAAACCAGGACGCCACCGCCUAUGUCGGAAAUCUCGACGCCCAGGUCACAGAAGAGUUACUCUGGGAGCUAUUUGUUCAAGCAGGACCAGUUGUCAAUGUCUAUGUACCAAAGGAUCGAGUUACGAACCUUCACCAAGGAUAUGGAUUUGUGGAGUUCCGUCAUGAAGAAGAUGCUGAUUAUGCCAUAAAGAUUUUAAACAUGAUCAAACUUUAUGGGAAGCCAAUUCGUGUUAAUAAGGCUUCUCAAGACAAGAAGAGUUUGGAUGUUGGGGCAAAUCUUUUUGUAGGAAACCUUGAUCCGGAUGUGGAUGAAAAGCUUCUCUAUGAUACUUUUAGUGCAUUUGGAGUUAUCGUCACAAAUCCAAAGAUAAUGAGAGAUCCAGAGACUGGUAAUUCACGUGGUUUUGGUUUCAUAAGCUAUGAUUCCUUUGAAUCAUCAGAUGCUGCUAUCGAGGCAAUGAAUGGUCAGUAUCUAUGCAAUCGACAAAUCAGUGUGUCAUAUGCAUAUAAGAAGGACACUAAAGGAGAGCGCCAUGGCACCCCUGCAGAAAGAGUACUGGCUGCAAGCAACCCUGCUGCUCAAAGGAACAGACCGCAUACUCUGUUCGCAAGUGGCCCUCCCACACUUCCAAACAGUGCCCAAGCCAAUGGUACCAUCAACACUGGAAUGCCACCUCGGCCAUUUGUUAAUGGUUCAGUCCUGCCUGGGCAAAUGCCAGCCAUUCGUCCGCCUCCUCCACCACCACCACAAGGUGCAGGUUUCCCACCACCAAUGCAUUCACUUGGUGCACCAGCUUGGCCAGGUCAGGUUCCACAGCAAGGCCAAACAAUGCCACCGCCAGGAAUGAUGGCACCCCCGCACCAAUUCAGGCCCCCUCUAAGACCUCCGCCUCCUAAUAUGCCACCACCUCCGCAUGGGAUGAUGCCUGGACAACAGCACCUGCUAGGAGUUGUGCCACCUCCUGUGUGGCGGCCUGUGCCACCACCACAAGUUCCUGGUAGGCCAUUGCCUCCACCUCAGAUGUCUAUGCCACCACCACCUCCACCACAUAUGCCGCCACCACCGCCUCCACCAACUGCAGCAUCGGCUACUCCUACUUGACAAUGACAACGCAUUCACGAUUCCUCUGCUAAAUAUACGUACGUCCAGUUCGUGUUUUAAGAGUUCCAGUUGUGCUUCAUCCAGGCGGGUGCGGUUUAGUUUUUGUUAUGUUAUUCUACAGAAAAAAUUUACUGUGAGCACUUUUAGUUCGAGGACACUGGAACAUUGCAGGGCUUUGCAAUUACCGAUGGUCCCUCUAGGUCGGCUAAUUUUAGUUAAUAGCUUGUGUACGUCGUCUUGAAACUGUUGAGAUAACUAGGAUGCGUUACUGAUAAUCUCCCUUAAAAAUCUUAAGGAUUUGCUCAUCCAGCAACUGGAGUGCAAUGCUUUUGCUUUUUGCGAGGCCAGUGUUGUUUCAUGCUUGAAUUAGUGUAAAAAUUAUUGUAAGCUUGGUUCAUGAUGGGGAGGAGGAUAUGUUGCAUCUUAUUAACUGAAAUAUUUCAAUGGCUGCUGGUACUUGAUUUGAGA